CGCGUUUCUGUUUUGGGCGAAAUGAAGUUCUAUUGAUGCAUGCGUGCAUGCACUUAAAGAAUUUCAAAAGCAAUGACGUCACCUUUUUUUUUGACCUUUGUCUUCGACAGGCCCUGCGACCCGCAACACUUCUCCUGCCAAUACCAGCGGAUCGAUUGCCCAGAACACAGACCGAGGACCAAUGACCCACAACUACGCGCGAUCUCUCGUCAGCGAGCUUUUUGCUCCCUUCGAACCGAGUAAACACAAGUUCUGGGACAAGGAGGUCUGUAAGCAUUUCCUCGUCAAGUUUUGUCCCAAUAGCUUGUUCACAAACACAAAAUCUGAUCUAGGCAACUGCGACCUUGUCCACGACGAGAAACUGCGUGAAGAAUAUCAAAAAGCCCCCGAUAAGGACUCUUACCGGUAUGAAGAGGAUUUCUUUGAUUACCUUACCUAUCUGCAUAACGACCUUGAACGAAAGAUUCGCCGAGGCAAGGAGCGUAAGGAUAAGGAGGUUGAUGAGCAUCUGCUCAACCCCCGCAAGGAUGAAAAAGAGGAGAAGAUUGUGAUGCUGGAACAAAAGAUCAAGGAUACGCUCGCCAAAGUCGAAGAGGCUGGCGAGGAGGGCCGCGUGGAUGAAGCCCAGGUGCUAACGGACCAGGCCGAAAAGAUACAGGCGGAUCUCGAACAUCUCAAGCAGAACGACGACGUCAACCCAAUCUUCAGACAAGAAAACAAAAUGGAGGUCUGUCAUGUCUGUGGUGCCUUCCUGGUCAUGAACGAUACCUCCAACAGAUUGGACGCUCAUCUCCAGGGUAAACAGCACACGGGAUACCAAAAGAUCCAUGAAACCUAUGAGGAGAUGAAGAAACAGCGUGGCGACCGUUCUUAUUCUUCCCGUGGCGAUCGCAGCGGCGGUGGACGACACCGCGAAGGCGAAUAUGGCGGCCCUGGACCUCAUAGAGAUCACUAUUCCGACAGCAGAGGCGACCGCGAUCGCGGCGGCUACAAGGAUUCAAGAAGCUACCGCGAUCAGCCCUACCGCAGAGACGAUCGCAGGGACAGAGAUCGGGAUGGCAGAGAUGGAAGGGACAGACGAGACAGGAGCAGGGACCGUGGCGGCAGACGGGACUAUGACAGAGAUCGGGACAGCCGACGCGGGGGACGAGAGGACCGUCGCUAUUAAGUAAGUGGAACAAGGAUUGCAGGUUUCUCCAUCGUUCUUAACACCAUCAAACAGUCUACCAGUUUUUGCCAAAGACCUUACUCAAUAAUAAACAUUGUAGCCCAAAAAAAAAUUAAAAAAUAAAAAAUAAAAUAAAAAAAAAGAUUAUCAGCGAUAUUAUUAUGUUUAGGGAUAAUGAGGAAACGAAUAAAUUAC